UGGAUGGUGAUCGAUGACGUGGCACCCACCCUGCUAUGUUCAUGCCCCCCAAGAAAAGAAACUCCCUCUCCUCUUCUCUCUCUUUUUCUCUGAGUUGAAGCUCCCCUUCUCCAGCGCCUGGCUAGGGUUUCUGGGGUUCCUCUCGCUGCUCAGAACCCAUUUCACCGUGCAAUCCACGGACGCCCUAAAACCUCGCCGCCUGAACCCGCAGUUCCGUCGGCAUCUUCUCCGACGCAUUCCGUCGCGGCGAGAGUCCCUUCGGUUUCCGCGAAAGUCGCAGCUCCCGGCGCCAAGCUCGAGUCUUUUUCGCUUCAGCCGAGCCCGUUCAUGGCCAAGACGAAACCCGGAAGGAAGGACCUCGACUCCUACACCAUCAGAGGCACCAACAAAGUCGUCCGACCCGGUGAUUGCGUGCUGAUGCGCCCGUCGGAGUCCGACAAGCCCCCUUACGUGGCGCGGGUGGAGAAGAUCGAGGCCGAUCAUCGGAACAAUGUUAAGGUCCGCGUGCGGUGGUAUUAUCGGCCGGAGGAGUCGGCGGGAGGGCGCAGGCAGUUCCACGGGGCGAAGGAGCUCUUUCUUUCGGAUCACUAUGACGUGCAGAGCGCGCACACCAUCGAAGGGAAGUGCGUCGUGCACACGUUCAAGAACUACACCAAGCUCGAGAAUGUCGGGGCUGAGGAUUACUUCUAUAGGUUCGAGUACAAGGCCGCAACCGGUGGGUUCACACCGGAUGGAGUGGCCGUGUAUUGCAAGUGCGAAAUGCCUUAUAACCCGGAUGAUCUAAUGGUUCAAUGCGAGGGAUGCAAGGACUGGUUUCAUCCUUCUUGUAUGGGUAUGACGAUUGAAGAUGCUAAGAAGUUGGAUCGGUUCUUGUGCUCUGACUGCUCACCCAAUGAACAUGCGAACAGAUCAUUAAAUCACUUUCCUGUAUCGCCAUCUAUUGAAACUAAGGUGGAGCCUAAGCGACGGAAGAGAUGACAAAUUGACCACGUUGUGAACGGUUAAUGGAUGCCUACUUUCUUGUCGUCUGCUUCAGUGGUGUUUGUUGUGAAACUGUACAGUGCAGAGAAGAAGACCAUGCUUGCACAAAAUUGAGCCUUGCAUGGUGUCCGAUGUCUCCGUGUGUGCUAGACUUGGGAUGUGUCUGUUUCGUGUUUGCCCCUAAGUGUGGCCUGAAAAGUGAGUCCGUCCCUCUUUAGAGCAAAUGUGUAUUUAUGCUGAAGUUGGAUGACUCUUGAUUAUUAUCUUAUGUUAGAUUCAGUUUGUUUUUAUUGAGCCAAAGAUUCAGUUGUAUUCCCUGUGCUCAUUUAAGCUUCUUUUGCUCGAAUAAUCUUAUAAUGGGAUGAAAGGGGAAUGAUGAUCUUUAUCAUAA